AUGGGUGACACACUAGUCGUCGUCAAGACGCUCGUCAUCCCCGCCGUCAUCUCCCUCAUCCUCUUCCUCAUCCUCACCUUCGUCAUCGUCCCGAUAUGGCGCCACUACCGCGUCCGCUACAGCCAGUACCUCCCCAUCGACGCAAUCUCCGAACACACAACCGGUUGGCGCUACCGCAUCACCAACCGCCUCAUCAGAAUCGCCAGUGCUCCCCUCACAUGGCGGAGGAAUAGGGAGGUGGCCUCUGGCGCCGUUGACCUCGAGGAGGGAGAAGAGCUGGGAGAGAUAGACGACGACAUCCGGCAGGUGCUUGAGGCUAUUGCGCGGUCGAGACAGGGAGCUGAGAGUACGAGACGGCUCAGCCGAGAGCUAGAGGAAGGCUUUAUCGACGACAGCGACUCUUCAGAUUCGGACUAA